AUGUGGAUCAUAUACAUCGUUGGUGGAGUCCUUGGAGCAAUUAUACUUAUAUUGAUAAUUGUGGUGACAGUGAUAAUGAGAGCAAUUAAAGAAGCGAAAGCGAAAAGUGAAUACCUAGCUGCUGUUUAUGCUGACGUUUCGGACGAAGUCGUCCAGUCCGUGUUCUUGGAGGAGGGUGAAGCACACGGGGAAGCUUUUGUAAAAACAAAUGUUGAUAAUGCAUGA